AUGGGUGGUGGUCCGCAUAACGCAAAAGAUGCUCCUGCUGAUAGCUGCCUCAUGACCGACUCCGUGAUUCAUCACACCUCUGAUGCAUCAUCGCAGUCUCCUCCUCUUUCUCCGGACGGGAACGGUUCCGUGAGUAUCGGAAGCCAUGAGAAGACCAAAGUGGAUGAUGACACAGAGGACGAGACAGCCACUGUCACCGGCCACGAACAAUAUUCCAGCAAUGCCGUCGUCGCCAAGGAGGUUCAGACCGUCAAAGCCAACAAUCAAGACCCAUCACCAUUUGACUCGCAACCGGGGCCCGAAAUGAAGAAGCAGCUUGACACCCGUCCAAUUUCGCAGGAGCAACUGGUGGACGAAGUAAAGCUCAUCUAUGCCGGCUUGGCGAUGGUCGAACGCAAAUGCAUAGAAUUGGUCUCAAACCUGAUGCCCCCAACAGAUGGCCCGCUCGACAUCACCAAGUACCUGUUGAUGAUCCCGGAAUCCAAGUUGGUACUGCUUCAGAGCAGCGAAACGAGGCCAAAUCGCACGGUUCGGACUUGGUAUCUCAAGGUUCACAAGGAUGCGGCAGAAGGAGAUCAGAAGCCUUCCCAUCCCCACGUGUCAGAGAAGACUACUCCUCAAGUUGGCACCCCCGAGGAUUAUCUGCAUGGAUUCCAGGUGGCCCUGGAGGCGCGUGCCAAGGAGCUUGGAUGGCCCGAGUAUAAGGAAAUUGCCGCGGCCACGACGGCGGAAAUCGGCGACGAGGGUCGCCAGAAGGUGCUGGACGGAAAAUACUUUCUCGCCAUCGGGUACGAGUUGGUCGAUCAGAUCUUGCGAGACUUGGAGAGUGCCAGAGAGAAAGCAGAGAAGGAGGCCGCCGCUCCCGAGGAGAAGCCCGAGACCGAACUGCCAUGCCAUGCCGAGUUCAGGCAGCUGAGUGAUCAGAGUUUGUACAAAAAAGUUGGCAGCGAAUACUGGGUGCUGAUCAAGGGCCAAUGGGUCCCCAGUCUCAAUGCGGAGCAGUUGGCGGCUCUCAUUUGGCUUCACCGCACAGUAUUACACGAAACCCACGACUUCUUCUUGGCAUCGCAGCACCCCAGCGCGUCGGCAGCGCUCAAAGAGCUCGCAGCAAAGUAUGCCAUACCGUCAAGGAUGUGGAGGUUCGGGAUACACUCCUUUCUCGAUGUCAUGGUUAAACGACGUGUCGAAUGCGGGGAACAUCUGGCGGAUUUCAUCAUCCUGGCAUACCAAAUGAUGUCUUUGCUGGAUGAGAGUGUCCCGCGCUUCUAUGACACCUGGAUCGAAUGCAAAGCGGAUUUGGCCCGAUACGGAAUGGCCACUCAAAGCGAUGACGAGGGGGCUUCGCAGCGCUGGCAUGACAUUGCCAAAGAGGGGUUCACUCGAGCAAUGAGCAAGAAUCCCACGACCGGCCGCAUCUACCACCACCUCGCUGUCGUGGCGCAGGCUCGGACUCGGGUUUCGCCUGACGGAAAAUUCGAAGCCUCUGUGUCCCAGUUUUUCUACUACACCAAGGCCCUCGUCGUCAAAGUCCCGUUUUUCCCCGCGCGGGAGACCGUGUUGUUCCUUAUUAAAACGAUUGUUGCCCGGAAUGAGAAGGAAGCCGAGAAGCCGGCCAGCCGCCCCCAGACAGACAAAGACCACUUCCUCACCGCUGUUUCCCACCUGAUUCUCGCUUCUCUGGAGCCCGAGACUCUCAGGAAAAAUGGCUACGAGGACCGGAGAAGCGACCAUGUUCAGGCUGUCUAUGCGGCACUGAAGAAGAUCAAGAUUGGUGCAGCAUCUUCCAAGACAUCCAGAAUUUGUCCAAGCCCCCAACUCGGCCUCCUGCUCUGCCAGCUGCUUCUGGGAAUUCCCCUUGUUGAUGAAAGACGGAGCCCUAUGAUGGCGGCGUGGGCCCCUGACCUCGUGACGGCCGCAGACCGCGCCGAUUCUGACGCCAUGGCCAACGCAAGGGACAUCCAUGAGGUAACGAUCGAGCUGAUCCGCACCAUGGUCCCUUACCUCUUGGAGGAGGCCGAUACGCGUGACCUCAGGCUGUGGGGAUUCAUCUAUGUCAUGCUGGUCUUUAUGCGCUCCCUGAAAACGCGGCCCGACCUUCUGGAAUGGUUCGGUUCGGCGUUCCACGCGCAGCUUCUGGCGCCUUUCCUCAACAUGCUCCUGCGCGAGGACGAGGCCCGAGGCGGCCUUGCCCUGGAGAGCGCGUCCCAGUCGUCGGAACUCGUGACAAUAUGCUCGUUGCUCAACGAGAAAAAGAAGCUGGACAAGUACGGGCUCAGUACCGAAGACAGCCGCAGGAAGUACUUGUGCGAGCAAGAGGACCAACGAAAGGCAGAGCUUAUCAAGGCCAAGGCCGAAGCAGAAGAGGCCAUGGUCACCCGGGAAGAGACCACGACCAGUGAUACGGCGCACGAGAAAGACCUGGACACCAAGACACCAGAUUGGGAGCUGAUGUACGCCAACACACUACCGGAACAUAGUCUGCUUGCGGGGCACUUCUUCGCCAGAGAGGCCGAGCCUGAACCCUGUGACGAAUCCCUGGAGAAACCUGCCGGGGGCGCCGUAGUCGUUGCCUGCCCAGCCGCCGCCCCUGAUGCCACCCUAGCGGCGGCUGUGCAGACCGCCAAAGAAGCCGAAGAGGCAGAAGUGCGGAGGCAGGAAGGGCUGCGUCGUGAUCCCCCUCUCUUCCCCAACGGCUGGCUCAAGAGGUCGAAAUACGACUAUGACGAGAUACAGGUUCGCAGCAACUAUGUCCAGGACGCCGAGACAUAUGAUGCUCGGUCGAUUCAGCUUUUGCGCCUGGCUGCUCAGCUGACCGACCACUUCUUUGUCUUCGAGACCGACGAGGAGGGACGCUAUUGGAUCAGCGUGCCUGGGGCCUCGUCCGUACCGAAGCCCGACCCCAACAAGAAGAUGCCGGACAUCGUCGAGCGCGACGGCGGCGUCAGAGUUGUUUAUGUCCAUCCUUCCUUCCAUGCUGCCGAAAUUAAGUGGGAGAAGAAGAAAGCAGCGAGGGAAGAGAAGAGGCAGAAGGAGAAGAAGAGACAGAAGGAAGAGGAGGAAGCCAAGGCUACCACGGAUGUGGGUACAGAUGUCAAUGAGAAGGCCGAGGGCGACGCCCAAGAGGCACCGGAAGCCGUCAACGUCCCGGCCGUGGCACCAAGCACGGUGUCAGAGGACGGCGAUCAUGAGCCGAGCUCGGCUUAUGAAAUGGAUUUGGACAAGACCAUCGGUCUCGGAAAGGCCACCGCGGCUGCCGAGCCUACCGAGGCGGAGCCCACCGAAGCCAAGGUGAAGACGACGCUUCCAGUGCGAGGCGUGGACGGCGCGCAACGUACCAAGGGCAGCGACGCAGGUCCUGACACCGCCGCGGCCAAGGCCACGGUUCGGCUGAGCAAGGGCGUGCUCAACAAUAUGCCGAGGAUGGAGAAUCCUACCAAGGCCAUCAAGCGCUGGAGAGCUUCGAGCAAUGGGCCUGGUGCGGAGGACGAGGACGAGGACAAGGAUGAGGAAGAGUGGGAACGCCUCAGCAACGAAAGUCACGGAGACGCCAAGGUGGAAACGAGGUCCAUGUUUUCGCGUUUCUUCUUCGGGUGA